AUCAAGGCGGAGACGGAACGGCGGAAGUGCCUUCUGUGCUGGUGUGCGCGUGCGUGGGGGAGGCUCGGGUCCCGCAUCCCGGAACCGGCUCGAACAGGAUGUUACAGAAAGAGGAAAUCCCAUGAUCUCAUCUUUCUGGUGCAACCAUGAAGGUGAAUCAGAAUACUAUGCUGCUGGGACAGAAGGUGAUCCUGGUGCCCUACACCACAGAGCACGUACCCAGAUAUCAUGAAUGGAUGAAAUCUGAGGAGCUGCAGCGGCUGACAGCCUCAGAGCCUCUGACUCUGGAGCAGGAGUAUGCGAUGCAGCACAGCUGGCGAGAAGACACUGACAAAUGUACCUUCAUUGUACUGGAUGCCGAGAAAUGGCGGGCCCAACCAGACUCAGCUGAAGAGAACUGCAUGGUGGGAGACGUGAACUUGUUCCUUACUGACUUACAGGACCCAACUUUGGGGGAGAUUGAGGUCAUGAUUGCCGAACUCAGCUGUCGACACAGGGGGCUUGGCACAGAGGCAGUUCUGAUGAUGAUGGCUUAUGGAGUGACCACACUAGGUCUCAACAAAUUUGAAGCUAAAAUUGGACAAGGAAAUGAGCCUAGCAUUUGCAUGUUUAAAAAGCUUCACUUUGAGCAGGUGGCUACAAAUAAUAUCUUUCAAGAGGUGACAUUGAGGCUACUGGUGACUGAGCCAGAGAGAGAGUGGCUUCUGAAGCAAACCAGCCAUGUGGAAGAGAAGCAGUACAGAGACAGAAGCUGGUGGAGCCAUGAAGCUAAUAGUUGUUGAUUUUCCUGGGAGCCCUAUUAGUCAGAGAAGAUUCUUAGAUGGAUGAGGGGAUCUAGUCUAUGCUCCCGGAAUAGCCUGUGCUGUAAAGACAGGGCCCUGACAGUUCUAUUUUCCUUAGCAAGACACUCCUCAAAGGCCCAUCCAGAAAAAGUCUCUCCCUGUUCAGGAGAGCCAAAAAAUCUAGAUCAUCAACAGGAUUGAACUCGACUUCUGAUGGGAGCACAUUUGCUGAAGUAAAGCUAAGGAAAGACCCCAGUACAUAGAGAUCUGUGAAGGAUGUACCUGAAGAUCUUCUACAGCCUGCUUUAUUGAGGCCCAGUGCCUGUUGGGCAUGGCUAUUGUAUAUGAAGAAUGCCAGUGUCGUUGCCAUAGGCAAGUUCAGUGCAGUCUGAAGAGUACAGGUUUGUGAGAGAAGAGAAGAACCCAGAGGCAUUUCUGGAACUGGCCACAUGACCUGGCUGAGAGCUCUGGAUUGGGUUACAGCUCCCCUGUGCUCCCAGCCUCCCGAAAUGCAUGUGGGCCUUGAUGUCAAGUUCUAAUUAGUACUAACUCGGGGAGUCCAGAACCUGCCUUCCUCCACAAGGUAGUAGUGGGGCCUGCUUUCCACAUGGGCACCAGGUGGCGGUAGAGGGGUAGUUCAGGACCUCCUGAACCGAACCAGAGAAUCACCCCGUGCCAGAGAUAGAAAGGUCCUGGGUGCUCUGAGGUAGGGGACCACCCUUGAGAACAGCCUUUGUUCUGGCCAUUGUGAAAACACAGAGCCGUUACCCAAGCCUCUCUCAAAUACAUGGUUCUCCUGAGUUUUACUCAUCUGCAAAAUGGGGAUUUGGAUACUGUUCCUGUAAUAUUAAAAAAUUACCUUGACUGUGAAAAACUCCUAA